AUUUCAAGGUUUCCUAUCUUUUUCAUAAGCGCUGCUUUUUCUUUCUCUUCCUUCCCUAGCAGUGUUUUAUUUUUCAUUGCAGUAGUUCACAGAAUAUCAAGUUGAAGGAAUGUUUAAGAACACCUUUCAGUCUGGAUUUUUGUCCAUUUUAUACAGCCUGGGGAGCAAGCCUUUGCAGAUAUGGGAUAAAGAAGUUGUCAAUGGCCAGAUCAAGCGUAUUCAAGAUGAAGACAUACAGUCCAAUGUCCUUGAGAUUGUAGGAUCAAAUAUUCAAUCAACAUAUAUUACAUGCCCAGCUGAUCCAAAUGCAACACUUGGUAUAAAGCUUCCAUUUCUAGUUAUGAUUGUUAAAAAUCCGAAGAAGUACUUCACUUUCGAGAUUCAGGUGCUGGAUGAUAAAAAUGUUCGCCGGCGAUUUCGUGCUUCAAACUAUCAAGCGGUUACCAGGGUGAAACCAUAUAUCUGCACCAUGCCAUUGAGAAUGGAUGAAGGCUGGAAUCAGAUCCAGUUGAAUCUAACUGAUUUGACAAGACGAGCAUAUGGAACCAACUAUGUUGAAACUUUGAGAGUUCAGGUUCAUGCCAAUUGCCGCUUGAGAAGAAUUUAUUUCUCUGACCGGCUGUAUUCUGAGGAAGAACUCCCACCAGAAUUCAAGUUGUACCUUCCGAUGCAGAAAGCCUGACAUGCUAUUCAGAGGGUCAAUGGCGCUUGACAAUAGGUUGGACAAAUGCUUCAUACUUCCACCACGAAUUCCGCUUGUACAAGUUUUAGAAGUUGUGUGAUGAGUUCAUCGGGAGCUUAGGUAUUAAUACAACACGUUUAGUGUUAGUGCCAUGGUGCUGGUCUUUUAUGUUCCAGUUGCUCUUGGAUGGACUUUGAAAUAGAUGGUAAGGAUUUGAACUUGCUGCUGUUAUACAUGUAAUGCUAUGACUUUAUGAAUUACUCAACAACUUUACUGGAGAGCCUGGUAUCUGGAAAUUAAAACUUCUUGUCAAAUUUUGGCGAGUGCUGAUUAAUGUUCCCAUGAAAUACUUGAUCUUCAUGGGAAAAGACACUUCUCUUUUUGUAAUUAAUUAUCUGAUAUUGGAAACAUCCUGCACGCAACAGAUCGGUGCUAAUUGUGGGGGCAACGGAUCAGGUUCUGCA